GAUGGUCAGCGUCGGCCUUGUGAUGUUUGCUGGGAUCAUGUCGGGCCUCACUCUCGGCCUCAUGUCCCUUAGCCUCGUCGACCUCGAGGUCCUCAUCAAGGCCGGCCAGCCCAAAGACCGUCUCAAUGCCGCUAAGAUCCUGCCUGUGGUUAAGAAUCAGCACCUGCUGCUCUGCACUCUGCUAAUUGGGAAUUCUCUCGCCAUGGAGGCGUUGCCGAUAUUCCUUGAUGCGUUGGUUCCGGCUUGGGGGGCUGUGCUGAUAUCAGUGACCCUAAUCCUUACGUUUGGCGAGAUUAUUCCGCAAGCUGUCUGUUCGCGGUAUGGAUUGAGUGUGGGAGCCAAAAUGGCUGGGAUUGUGCGUGUGCUUUUGUUGGUGUUUUUCCCAAUUGCUUAUCCCAUCAGCAAGCUAUUGGACUGGCUGUUGGGAAAGGGACACUUUGCCCUAAUGCGAAGGGCUGAGUUAAAGACGCUAGUGGAUAUGCAUGGAAACGAGGCAGGGAAGGGUGGGGAGCUAACUCAUGAUGAGACCACAAUUAUUGCUGGAGCCCUGGAAUUGACCCAAAAGACUGCUAAAGAUGCUAUGACGACAAUCUCCGAAACUUUUUCCCUUGAUAUAAACUCUAAGCUUGACAUGCACACUAUGGGUCUAAUAAUGAGUAAAGGGCAUAGUCGUGUUCCUAUAUAUUCCGGAACUCCAGAUAAUAUUAUUGGCCUUAUUUUGGUUAAGAAUUUGAUUACUUGCCGCCAUGAAGACGAGGUUCCCAUUAGGAAUGUUACUAUAAGAAAAAUUCCUAGGGUAUAUGGUGAUCUUCCACUUUAUGACAUACUGAAUGAAUUUCAGAAAGGUCACAGUCACAUGGCUGUGGUUGUGAAGCGCAUGAAAGAUACUGAGGCAAAUAUGGAAAAGAGCAAGAAGGAUAUAUCAGAAAAUGGAGGCCAUCAAAGUAGGAAACAUCUUCUAGGUGAUGGUAUUACUGCUGAGCAUUUGGAUAUCAUUGUGAAUGCAUCUGCCAUGAAGGGUAAUGUUAAUGGAUCUCGAAGUCCUGUGCUAAGAACCAAUUCGGAGAAGCAUGGAGAUGUUCGAUCACAGAUGAAGAAGGCAGACCGAGGAAGACAUAGUAAUAUUCUAGAUGUUUCGGAAGCUCUUCCUAGCUAUUCAAUGGAUGAGGAAGUUGUAGGGAUCAUUACAAUGGAAGAUGUUAUGGAGGAAUUGCUACAGGAAGAAAUACUGGAUGAAACCGAUGAGUAUGUAGACGUUCACAACAAGAUUAAAAUAAACAUGCUACCCUCAAAAAGGUCCUCAUCAAGAUCUCCAAAAGCUUCACCUCUAUCUUAUUUUCAGCGUCGAACUCCAAUGGCAUCUCCACUUUCUCCACAUAAUUAUACUUCUAUAUUGCAUUCACCUGUUUCUUCAUUUGCUCAAACUCUUGGUGCAUUACCAACCAUUUCAAGUAUUGGAAACUCAAUACCAAGCUUACCAUCUGAUCAGACACAUGCUGGUCAAAGUUCGCCAUCUUCACAUCAAAUUGCCCGAAAGUCUUAUGACAGGCUUCAUCACAAGAAGGAAGAAUGUUGACAUCUAUAACUCGUCAGAGUCUAGUUAUAUAAAGUCGUCACACUAAUAGUUAAGUAAACUAUGAGGUUAACUGUAAGAUUAUCUGGCUAUUGACCAAGGCAUCUACUACUCUGUAUCGCCAUUAAAGGAUAUAAGUGUGGCUUAUUGUUUGAUUUUUGCCAA